CUAGAUUAAAGCAGUAUAAGAACUACGAGAACCUCUCUCGCUCUCGCGAAGGGCUAGACAAGGAGUGCUUGCAAGUAGAGAAGGGAAAGACCUUUUAUGACUUCCAGUUCAACACAAGGCUUGUCAAAUCCACAAUUGUGCAUUUUCAGCAUUUUAAGCAGGGUGGAAGUUAUGUCUGAGCAGCUGGCGCAAUUAAGGAUACGUUGUUUAUAUGGUAUGAUAGGAAAAUAUUCGAGUAUUUAAGAGGACUCUGUCCCAAUUCCUGUAGUAAAGUAGCAUAGAUGUUCCAUCUCAAGGGGUCUUAUUAACACGAAAUAUGUAUUUUUAAUUGCUUCACUUAUAUUGUUUCCAUCAUAUGCAUCUAGAGCUUUGCUGUAGCUUGUGUGCCUUUCUCAUGUUUAAUUUUGUGAAUUUUUUUUUUGUUCACUUGAUUUAUUAGCUAAUAUCAUUUAUGUGGUGAUCUUUCUUUUAAUGCCUGUAAUUCCUCAGUUUUUUUAUGUUGUUAUUUUUUAUGUUUAGUACCUUGUUAUGCCUAUACAAAUCAUAAUCUAAAACCAAGAAUGCUGUUAUUUUCGCUGCUUUUUUUUUUUCUUUGGUAUUAUUAGAGGAAUAUGCUAGUAAUCGGUAUUGGAUACAUCUUAGCCUUAACCUUUUCUAAAGGUCUUUAGUUGUAGUUUUUGUUUCCAACUUCCUUGUUGAAAGGUUUGGUCUCAAUUGCAUCUCUUAAUCUCUAGGGAAUCUUUGUCUUCAUUUUAUAGUUUGGUGCUUUUAUCUGUGUUGAGAUCAUUACAGAUUGAUAAGGCCUGUUUUCUGAAUAUAAUAUUUCUUGUUUGGUUAUUGAUGUUCUUUUCCAUUUGGUAUGUCUUGCACUUUGCAGUUGAGGAAUCUUAUAUGGGCAACAUCAAAGCAUGAUGUAUACCUUAUGCAAAAUUACUCAGUAAUGCACUGGUCAUCAUUAUUGCGUAGAGGCAAAGAAGUACUCAAUGUGGCUACUCCAAUUGUUCCUACCAUGAAACGCCCAGGGUUGUUGUCUCAGUCACUCUCAAGAGUGCAAAUAAGCACUAUGGCUGUUAAAGAAAACUUGCUCGUUGCUGGUGGUUUUCAAGGGGAACUUAUUUGCAGAUAUUUGAAUCAACCUGGAGUUGCGUUCUGUACCAAAGUAACAACAGAUGAAAAUGCCAUUACCAAUGCAGUGAAUAUAUACCAUAACCACAAUGGCUCACUGAGGAUUAUGACCGCAAACAACGAUGCCGCUGUUAGAGUUUAUGAUGCUGAAAGUUUUGCUUGUGUAAAUUGUUUCUCCUUUGAUUGGUCUGUAAAUAACACCUCUGUUAGCCCAGAUGGUAAAUUGUUUGCAGUCCUCGGGGACAGUACAGAGUGCUUGAUCAUUGAUGCCAGUUCUGGGAAGAUAACUGGGAACCUGAAAGGUCAUUUGGACUAUUCUUUUGCAUCAGUUUGGCACCCUGAUGGACGAAUUUUAGCCACUGGAAAUCAAGAUACAACAUGCAGGCUAUGGGAUAUAAGGAAUCUAUCCAAGUCCUUGGCUAUGUUGAAAGGAAAUAUGGGUGCAAUAAGAGCACUAAGGUUCACUUCAGAUGGCCGGUUUUUGGCAAUGGCAGAGCCUGCAGACUUUGUUCAUGUCUUUGAUGCAGAAUCUGGGUAUGUCAAGUGCCAGGAGAUUGACAUUUUUGGGGAGAUUGCUGGUAUAUCCUUCAGCCCUGAUGCAGAAGCUCUCUUUGUAGGGGUUGCUGACCGCACUUAUGGUAGCUUAUUAGAAUUCAACAGGACGCAUUACAACUGUUAUUUAGACUCUGUGUUCUAACGUAGGCAAAUCUAUAUUUAAACCAACCUCUUGGAUGUGUAUAUUACUGGGAAGGCUUUAGUUUCUAGUUUUGUUUGAAGCUUAGGCUUUGCCCCUUCUUGGUUGCCGAAUUCUUUAUUCUGGCUCUAGAGAGCUUACCAGUGCGCUUAGGCAACGGUGUCAUCUUAUUGCUUUAAGAAGUUAUUUCUGUGAAGUUGAUUUUUCGAAGCUGGCAGAAAUGAGAGAGAUUUUGGCAUCGUGAAGCACUGGAGAUUGCUGGGUAUAUCCGGGAAACUUUGUAGCUUUCGAUUCAUUACUAAUAUAUAGUGAUUUGCCUUCUCUA